UGUACAUGUUCCCAGGACAUGAAUUAAUUAUAGAGUUUAAUAACCAAAAACCAAACAAAUUAUAUAUACACGUCCAUACUCUAUUCCAUAUUCACCUAAACCUCUGAAACCUACACAGUACACACACAAAAAUCUCUCUCCUCUAAUGGCUUUUGGAAGAGGAAGAAAACGUCCUCAUGAACAAAUCUCACGCAGUGAAAGUGAUCAAGACAUCGAGGAAAAUCAGUAUGAAGAACCAAAUCCAACAGAGGAAACCCCAACCGACGGUGAUGAGCCUAAUCCAGCACUCAAACCCUUACUUUCAGAAGUUGAAUUUCAGGCUAAGGCAACUGGAAAAAACCCCGGAGGAGCAAAAAAGUGGAUUUGUAAGCACUGCAAAAAAGGUUUCACCAGUUCAUACACAAGAAUUCAUUACCACUUUCUUGGUGCUCCACCUGGAAAAAAAGCACAGAUUCAAAGAUGCCCUGUUUUGAUGACAAAUAAGGGAGAGUUAGAAAGAGUAAGAAAAAUAGUUGCUGAUGCAGAAGACAAAGGCAUUUCCCCAAGUCUCAAGUCAUCUACAAUCGGUAACUCAAUGAAAGCUUCACCAAAUGAGAAAAAUAUAGCAGAUUCUUUUCGCUCGAUGGAACGACAUUCGGUAGACUUGCUUGUCGAGAAAGCAUUGUGUGCCAAUGGCAUUCCCUUUAAUGUCCUUAGAAGUCCAGACUUUGUUGAAAUGGUGAGAGGAAUCAACCAUGCUCCCAAGGAUUAUAAACUGCCAUCAUAUGACAAAGCAAGGACCACACUGCUUGAUGAAUGCAAAAGGGAUAUCGAAAAAAAAUUGUUGCCGCUGAAAGACACUUGGUACACUCAUGGUGUCUCUAUUAUUUCUGAUGGAUGGGCCAAUAUAAAGCAUAAACCACUUCUCAAUGUCAUUGUCUCCAAUAGUCGUGGUUCUAUGUUUUUAUAUGCUGAAAAUUACGAAGGAGUAGAGAAAACUGGAAAAGAGAUUGCAGCAUUUUUGCUUAAAGCAGUGGAAGACAUCGGGCCUUCGUAUGUUCUCCAAGUUGUUACCGACAAUGCUGCAAACUGUAAGGCAGCCGGAAGAGAGAUUUCAAAGGUACAUAAGCAUAUUUUUUGGUCCCCCUGCGUGGCACAUACUCUUAAUUUAAUCUUUAAGGAUAUUGCCGAAAAGUUUACUUGGAUGCGAGAUACAUAUAAAAGGGCAAAAGAAAUAGUUAAUUUUUUCAAUAAUCACUCACAUGCCCUGGCAAUGUUUAGAACACGUAGUGAACUUGAAUUACUCAAAGUGGCCAAAACCAGAUUUGCAUCUCAUUUUACUUUAUUAAGGAGAGUAAACAAGUGUCGGGAAGCUCUGGCUACCACUGUGGUUUUAACUGCUUGGAAGGAAUGGGUUAAAAAAAGUGAAGUAGGAGUAAGGAUGCUUGCCGAAGAGAUUGUUGCAACAAUUGGAGAUGAACACUUUUGGGAAGAGGUAAAUAAUAUACUAGCCAUAACCAAACCGAUAUAUUUAAUGGUUAAAUUUUCUGAUGGUGAGGGACCAAAAAUGGGAGAGAUAUAUGAGAGGAUGGAUUGCAUGUUAGGAGAAAUAAGUGAUGCCAUGAAAAAUGGAGAGCAUGCCAAUGAUCAUUUUCAAAUGCAAGAAAUUUUAGUUAAUCGUUGGGAGAAAAUGAAUAUUCCUAUGCAUUGCUUGGGUUUUUCACUUAAUCCCCAUUAUUAUGAUGCAAAUUACUUGAGAAUGGAAGCUCCGGGUGGUAUGCCUAGGCGUCCUCCAAAUCAUGAUUUAGAAGUUGUUAACGGGGUAAUGGCAGCCUUAGAAAGAAUUGGUGAAGAUGCUACUGAAACAACACUUUUGCGUAGACAACUCUCGAGAUUCCAAGUGAAAGAAGGAAUUUUUGGAUCACCGGCUGCGAGAAUUGAUGCUGUGUCCAUGAGUCCAAUUUCGUGGUGGUCAACAUAUGGUUCGGAAACUCCGGAAUUGGCUGAUAUUGCAGUCAAGAUUUUGGCACAACCAAUCAGUAGUUCAUCAGCGGAAAGAGCUUGGAGUACGUAUUCAUAUAUUCACAAUGCAAAACGGAAUCGGCUCAAUGCUACAAGGGCUGAUAAACUGGUAUUCAUUCAUUCCAAUGUCCGUCUUCUAUCUCGUUGUUCCGAAAGCUAUAAACAAGGGUCGUCAAGGAAAUGGGAUGUCAAUCCAGAGAACACCCACUUGGAAGAGUCUGCCAUCCGACUUGAAGAUCAAAACUGGGAGUAAAUUGAAGUUUAUUAAAUUCAAUGUUGUUUGGGACAUCUUGCUAUUUAUCUUGGUUUUUGUUUGGAUCGUUUUCUUGAGUGAUAAUGCUGUCAACUCUGAAUGUUUAAGUAUUAUAGUUUGGACUUAAUACCCUUUAUUAUAUCAUGCUCAUUCUGGUGUU